GCGCGCUCGGGCCGGGCCCCAGAGUGCACUGCGCGUGCCUGCGCGCGCGCAGACCCACUCCCUUGCGACCGCGGGAAAAUUCCAAACCCGUCAAAACAAAAAAAAGUUCCGUGAGGCCGCGCCAAGUUUUCAAGCCGCAGGAGCCGGGCGGUGGCUUCUUUUCCGCCGCGGCCCAGUCUGCUGAGGCAGCUCUGGGUAAGGACCACCCGGGAAGGCCGCCGCUUCCUGCUAGGGCCGGGAAGACUCGCGAGAACGUGCGCCGAGCCUCAACGUGGGCGAGCCGCGCUCCCGCGGCGCGCUGGAUCUCAGGCCAGGAAGCCUCUCACUCUGACGUGGCUCGGGUACUUGAUUGCUUCUUACUGCAGUCUUCCACUCAGUGAUCUGUGCUUGGUGAGCUCCGUGUUUCUGGUGAAGCAUUAUGUUCUCCAGCAAGUUUCUGAACAGUCUUUUCUCCUAAAGAGAAGAACUCACAAAAGCGACGAAGCUGCUGUCUCCAAGGUGCUCUUCCUGUCACCUGCUCCACUUUGACUCUGAGCUAUACUAUCACAGCACGAGCCGUGUGGAGGAUGGAGUAUCUCUGCACCUUGGAGAUAAGAUGGAGGCAGCCAAGCACUGAGGCAGUUUAUAACUUAUACCAAGGCAAACAAACUCAGGGCUCUGAGCACUGCUUGGACUCAAUCCCUAGUGACACCAUCUCCCUUCCUCAGCCUGGCUUCUGAAGAACCCCCAUGAAUGCAGGGUCCCAUGUCUAACUGAUUGCUUCGAAGUGUCUGUGUUUUUAGAACUUUCCUUUCUGCACAGAAAUUUCUAAAGGCUGUCUUAUUUUCUCCUAUACAAUGUGUGGGGACUGGCUGCUUCUGUGUGCAGAGGGUGAAAUCACCAUUGGUCUGGAUUCCUUAGGGAAACUUGGCUGCUGUGAAGGGAUAGUGCUGUCCCCAGAGAUGGCUCAGGCGUCCGCAGACCUUGCUUCUGACUAUCAGUUUUGGCUGCAGAAGCUUUCUGCAUGGGAGCAGGCCUCUUCCGAGGAAACCCAGCGGGACACUUGUCUUCACCUGCCCCGGUUCCAGGAGUUUCUGAGGCACAUGUAUGAAAUCUUGAAGGAGAUGGAUUCUGAUGCAAUCCUGGAAAGGUUCCCCACAAUUGGUCAACUGUUGGCAAAAACUUGUUGGAAUCCUCUCAUCUUAGCAUAUGAUGAAAGCCAAAAACUUGUAAUAUGGUGCUUAUGUUGUCUGAUGAACAAAGAAGCAGGGACUUCUACAGAGUUAGGACUUAACUCGCGGAUCCGGGGUUUGAUAUCUCACGUACUUUCCACAUUCAAAUUCGACAUGAAAGAACUUUGUCUUUUUACCAAAAGUCUUGGAUAUGAGUCUAUUGAUUAUUAUCCUAUCUUGCUUAAAAAUAUGGUUUCGUCGUUAGUGUCUGAGCUCAGAGAGAGUCAUCUUAAUGGAUUGAACACUCAGAGUCGGAUGGCUCCUGAGCGCAUGAUGUCCCUGUCACAAGUUUGUGUCCCUCUUGUUACUCUGCCUGAUAUCCAGCCCCUGGUAGAGGCUCUACUCACCUACCAUGGACAUGAGCCCCAGGAAGUCCUCUCUCCUGAGUUCUUUGAAGCUGUAAAUGAGGCCUUCUUGUCGGAAAAAAUUGUUCUACCCACGUCCUCUGUGGUCAGCCUCUGGUUUCGGCAUCUCCCCAGUCUUGAAAAAGCAACGCUGAACCUUUUUGAAAAGCUGUUCCCUAGCAAGAGAAUUUGCCUGAGAAGGAUGGAGUGCUGUAUAAAAGAGUCAUUACUGCCUCAAGCAGCCUGCCAACCUGCCAUCUUCAGAAUUGUUGAUGAAAUGUUCAGGUUUGUGCUACGGGAAACUGAUGGAGCCCCAGAAGUGCUAGCCGCUCUUCAGGUUUUCACAUCGUGCUUGAUGGAAGCUCUGAAGAAAGAAAACAAGCAGCUGAAGUUUGCCCUCAGGACCUACUUUCCUUAUGGUGCUCCAUGUCUCACUGCAGCGCUGUCCCAGCACCCUGAAGCUAUCCCACAGGGACAUCAGCUCCAGCCUCUGCUGCACAUUUCCCAACUCCUCAGAGAAGCAGUUGAAGACUGUACUCAUGGGUCUCAGCAGAAUCCCUUUGAGAGUUGGUUUUUGUUUGUUCACUUUGGAGGAUGGGUUGAUCUGGCUGUGGAGGAGUUACUGCUGAGGGAGGAAGCCGAGCCUCCUGCAGGCCUGCUGUGGCUCUUGGUCUUCUAUUACAGCCCACAGGAUGGGAGUCAGCAGAGAGAGCAGAGCAUGGUGGAGCUGAAGGUAUUAGUCAACCGUCUCCUGACGCUGCUCAGAAGCGGCCCCUUCUCAGCUGUUGAUCUGCAGGAGGCAGCAGAGAGCCCCAGUGGAGACCCCAGACCACCUGUCCGUGGACAGCUCAUCAGACGGCUUCUUUUUAGUCUCUUGCUCUGGACCCCAGAAGGCCGUGCGAUUGUCUGGGAAGCUGUCACCCAUAUGGCCCACACGGAUGCCAUAACCUAUGAGAUCAUUGGCUUUCUCGACCAGACCUUGUACACAUCACGUCAUCUUCAUGUUGAAGCCUCAAGAAAACUGGCCAGAGAGCUCCUAAAGGAGCUGCAAGCUCAGGUCUAGCAGGCAGCACAGAAUGUGUGGGCAUCUGUCUGGUGAAGCUCCCACCGUGGAUGAGAUGCCAUUUCUGAGGCAAGAACAAGUGAGAGUGGUUGAACAUGUUCGUGCCUUAGCCUGCUCGAGUGAUGUGCCACCUCCCAUGCAGUCAUACUGCUUGGCCGAGGCGGUCCAUGAGGAUUCUGAGGGAAAGGCCCACCGCCUAUGAUGUUCCAGUCGUUCACUAUAAGAGCUAGCACUUGUCACUUAGAGUGCUGACUCUUUUUGUGCUUCCCACUCUGAUGAAGGUGCCGGUGAUGGUGGGGGAGCCCUGCAGAGGGUGUGGCUGUACUGUACAGAGGAGCACCUGCCUCACCAGCGACUGUCGCUCAGUGAGGCCUUUGUUCCUCAGUGCAGAAAUUCGGCAAGGCUCCCACUGUAGUGGAAGGAGCAGAGGUGGCCAGAGAGGGUCAUUACUUCCUCCUCCUCUAAACCCCACAAAGGCAAAAACAUCUGCUUCCUGGGUGACCUAUGUCUAGGAAACAGGAUUUAGAAACAGAAAGUGAGUCCCUGUCCUCCUGCACUUGCUGUGGGUGGGAAUGGUGGACGUGUCUGUCAGUUUUCUAGUGAGAAUGUACACAAGUAAGCAGUGUGGGCAGAGAAGACCCCAAGCUGUGAUCCUGCUGUGACCCUCCUGCAGAUCUGCUAUGAACCCUCACCCCAUGCGCAGACCAGCUUCAGCUCUCGCAGCAGGACAUUUGAUGGCUGCACUCAGGCUGUGUAGGGGAUUGUGGCAUAAAGUCAUGAAGGGCCUGGGUUUUCUCUUGCAUUUGCACAUCCAGGCUGUGCCAGGGAAAACACUGACCAGCACAUACGCAGUGGGUUCGUCUUUUACCUACCUGCCAAUGGGCCUACAGUGGAGUGGAGCUGGACUGUCUGCCUUUUCAUUCUGAAUAAAAACUUGUACUUAAUUUUAUAUUCAGACACCCCCCCCCCACACACACACACCUAUGGAAGCUUCAAGUCUCACAAACCUUAGGCCUGGCUUGGAAAAGAUCAAUCAUGACUUAGCUCUGGAUAAGCUGGGACCCUGUCACCAAACAAGGGAGAAUGUCCAGAGGGCAGAUAGUUGUGUGUGUACUCAAGAUUGUUUCCCAUUUUCUGUAAGCCAAUUUUGAUUACAGCUACACUUAUCUCAAAGUUGCUGAGUUACUCUCCAUUCUGAGUAGGAAAAACAGAGCACACACAGCCAUUCUUUCUUCCAGUGUUCACACACUUGUGACCCUCAGCAGUUAGGAAAGAUGGAGUCAUGUGUACUCUGCUCCCUUAGGACCCAGCCCGCCCUCUCUGGGUGAACUGUGCCAAGCACUGCGAGUCAGCUUCCUGGGUGCUCAGUCACCUGCCAUCGCAUACCAAGACAUCUGCCCACAGACGAGGAGGAGCCUUUUGUCUGAGCUCCAGGCAGCUGGCUCCUUGUAAUGGUGUUUUCACUUCUCAUCCUAUUCCCACUUAAUGAUCCUGAAGUCCAGGGACAGUGAAAUUGAGAUCUCCAGGGGCCUGGGGAGGAACAGCUGGAGCAGCAAGGACAGAGACAACUCCCAUGACCCAGGGACAGGGAUGCUGAAUGAUUGCUGAGGCCCAGGAAUCCCAAGAACUGCAACCAAAGAAAGAUGAGAAAUGAAUGAAUUCCCCUCCCUUUUCAUCCAGAAUGAGGUCCUGCUCUUAGCUGGAUACUGGAAUUGGACAUGAAGUCUUUGUUUUGUGAAAGCACUCCAAGUCACAAAGCCAUUUCACAAACCCCAAUCCAACAUUAAGGCAGAAUAAACUCCUAGAAACCAGAA